AAAAAUAAAAUGUCUGAAUCCGAAAAGCCUCCACCAAAGGCAAAAGAGAAGAAGCCUAAAGCUCCUAGUGUAUCGAUGUUCCAAUUAUUCCGUUUUUCUACACCCAAAGAGAAAUUAAUGAUUGCUAUUGCUACUAUUUUAUCAUCAGCAACCGGUGCAUUACAGCCAGCAUCGAUGGUAAUUUAUGGAUCUUUUGUUCAGAGUUUGACACAGUCUUUGCAAGAUCCCAGUAAUUUACUUGAAAACACUUUGCCUGUCAUUAAAAGAAUGGCUUACUUCGGAACUGCCAUUUUGUUUGCUGCAUACGUCUCUAAUUCUUUUUGGAUCGUUACAGGAGAAAGUCAGACUCGUCGAAUCAAAGGUCUCUAUGUUCAUGCUGUUUUACGUCAAGAAAUGGGUUGGUUUGAUGAAGCAUCAGAAGGAUCCCUGAAUACUAGAUUAGCAACAGAUACACAAUUGAUCCAAGAUGGUAUAUCAGAAAAGUUUGGCAGAUUCAUCAUGUUUCUUUCUCAAUUUAUUGGUGGUUUUGUUGUUGCAUUUACUAAAGGAUGGCGCUUGGCUGUAAUCAUGUUGGCUGUUAUGCCUCUUUUAGUUAUGGCAGGCGGUGGUAUGGGCUUUUUCAUCACCAAAUUUACAUUAGCAUCCCAAAACUCUUACGCUGCUGCUGGUUCUGUUGCGGAACAAGUAUUUAACUCAAUCCGUACCGUUUAUUCUUUCAGUUUACAAAAACGUUUCUCUCAAAGAUAUGAGGUCGAACUUGAAAAGGCUUGUAAAGCUGGUGUCAAGCGUGGUUUUGUAUCUGGCGCAGGGUUUGGUAGUUUUAUCUUAUUCUUGUUUGUAACCUACGCUUUGGCUCUCUGGUAUGGUUCUCAACUUGUCAUUAAAGGACAAAUGGAUGGCCCUACUGUACUCGUAGUCUUCAUGAGUAUGAUGGUCGGAAGUAUGUCCCUGAUUAAUCUUCCCGCUACUAUGUCUGCUAUUUUUAGUGCCCGUGGUGCUGCCUACAAGAUCUUUGCUGUCAUUGACCGUGUCCCUGACAUUGACGUAGAUUCUGAUGCUGGCUUAAAGCUGAAAGAUGUAACUGGAGCUAUCGAAUUUAAAAAUGUCAUGUUCAAGUAUCCUUCUCGUCCCGAUCUUGUCAUCUUAAAAGAUAUGACUCUUAGUAUCAAGGCUGGUAUGACAGUUGCCUUUGUCGGUCCAUCAGGUUCUGGAAAAUCAACUACGAUUCAACUGUUGCAAAGAUUCUAUGAUCCCUUGGCCGGAAGCAUGACUUUGGACGGUCAUGAUUUUAAAGAUCUCAAUGUAAAAUGGCUGCGUCAAGAAAUUGGUACUGUUGGUCAAGAACCGGUUUUAUUCAACAUGUCCAUUCGUCAAAACUUGGCUAUGGGUAGUGACAAGGAGAAAAUCUCGGAUGAGGAAAUGAUUAGUGCUUGUAAAGAAGCUAACUGUCAUACUUUCAUCACUCAAUUGCCUAAUGGUUAUGAUACGCUUGUGGGUGAACAAGGUCGUAUGUUAUCUGGUGGUCAAAAACAACGUAUUGCCAUUGCUCGUGCUAUCUUAAAGAAUCCUUCAAUUUUGUUAUUAGAUGAGGCUACCUCUGCUUUAGAUACCCAAUCUGAGCGUUUGGUUCAAAAUGCUCUUGAUAAAGCUUCCUCCAAUCGUACUACUAUUGUUGUGGCUCAUCGACUUUCUACUAUUGUAAAUGCUGACCUUAUCGUUGUUAUGGAUCACGGUAUCAUGAUUGAACAAGGAAAACACAACGAACUCUUGCAAUUAAACGGUGUCUAUGCUGAUUUGGUUCGCAAGCAAGCAAUUGAUACGGACGAAGAAGCUUCUAAAGCCAAGAAUAUUGAUCACGAUCUCUUAAUUCAACAGGAGAAACAAGAAAUCCAAGAUCAACUCCGCGAGAAAGAAGCUCAUAAAUUGAUAAAAUUGGCCUCCACAAAGAAAGAAACUCAAAUUGAAAUGGACGAUAAGGAGAAAAUCUUUAUUGAUAGCGACAAUAACAGUGCGGUCACUCUGGACGCUUAUGAACUCAAAAUUAGCAAGCAAAAAGAAGAAAAGAAAAACAUGAAGAAACAAAAGGCUCCCGUCAGAGAAGUAUUAUCUCAGAUGAGACCCGAGUGGCCUCUGCUUGCGACAGGUGUCAUUGGUGCCGCUAUCGCCGGUUCCGCCUUUCCCGUUUAUUCCUUCUUAUUUGCAAAAGUUAUUACAACUAUUAGUGAUCCCUCCAGCACAAACAUCGCUCCUGGUCCCUUAAAAGGAACCAAUCUAUAUGCCUUAUUUUUCUUUAUCAUUGGUGUCGCCUCAUUUAUUGGAUUCGGCUUACAGAAUUUAGCGUUUGAAGUUGCUGGUGAACAUUACACUAAACGUCUUCGAUCUAAACUUUUUGCAGCUUAUAUGCGUCAGGAAAUUGGUUUUUAUGAUAUGGAAGAAAACAACACGGGUGCUUUGACUACCAAGUUGGCUGUAGAUGCUCACAAUGUAAACGAAAUGGUGACAAAAGUCUGGGGAGAUGUCACUCAACUUCUCACCACCAUAAUUGUUGGUAUGAUCAUUGCAUUUGUUCACAGUUGGGCUUUGUCUUUAAUUGUUCUCUGUAUGGCACCCUUUAUUAUGGCUGCUACCUCUUACGAAUCUAGAAUCCAUCGUGGCUAUGAAGAUAAAACAAAGAGGGCCAACGCUGAAAGUGGUGAAGUGGCCGGUGAGGCUAUUCGUGAAAUCCGUACUGUUGCCGCUUUGAAUAAGCAAUCUUACUUUGAGGAUCGCUACUUUCAUGCUACUGAACGUCCCCACAAGCUUGCUGGACAAAAGGCUUACCUGUCAUCAAUUGGUUACGGUCUCAGCCGUGGUAUUGGUAUUUACACAAGUGCCGUUGCAUUUUAUGGUGGUUCUAGGUUGAUUGCUAAUGGCACCAUUACUUUCCAACAAAUGUUUACAACAAUGCAAGUUAUUAUGAUUGCUUCUGAAUCUGCUGGAAGAAGUAGUGUCUUUGCUAGUACUUUUGCUAAAGCUAAAUAUUCUGCUAUUUCGACUUUUGCCGUUCUUGGUCGCCAACCUCUCAUCGAUGCCGAAUUAGAAGGCCUUGAACCCGCUAAUGAAACGAUUAAGGGAGACAUAGAUUUCGAAAAUAUUAAAUUCUGCUAUCCUGCUCGUCCUGACGUCCCUGUUUUUAAUGGCGAGUUUAAUCUCAAAGGAAAUGCCGGCCAAACCAUCGCCCUUGUCGGUCCUUCCGGUUGCGGUAAAUCCACUACCAUUGGUAUGCUUCAACGCUGGUACGAUCCUAUUGAAGGCAUUGCUUCUCUCGAUAACGUUAACAUCAAAAACUACUCCGUCAACAAUCUUCGUAGUUCCAUGGCUCUUGUUUCACAGGAACCAUUUCUUUUUGAUAUCACCAUCGGUGAAAAUGUUCGAUUUGGUGUAGAUGAUCAUGUCCAAAUUACUCAAGAAGAUGUUGAAACCGCCUGUAAAGCCGCCAAUAUUCAUGAGUUUAUUUCAAGUCUUCCUGAUGGAUACAACACACGUGUCGGCGACAAGGGUUCUCAACUUUCUGGUGGUCAGAAACAACGUAUUGCUAUCGCUCGUGCCCUAAUUCGUAAACCUAGAGUGUUGUUACUAGAUGAAGCUACAUCUGCUCUCGAUAGUGACUCGGAACGUAUCGUACAAGAAGCCUUGGACAAUAUUUUGGAAGAGGGAGGUAGAACAACCAUCACAAUUGCUCAUCGUCUCUCCACCAUUCAAAAUUCAGAUUUGAUCUGUGUCGUAAAAGAGGGUCGUAUUAUUGAACAAGGAACUCAUUGGGAGCUUUUGGCUCUUAAUGGAACGUAUUCAGAGCUUGUCCAUGAACAAUCCUUAUCCGCUUUGUAA